UAAGAUUCUCAUUGACCUUGCUGGUAUGAUGGUCCGCAAUAGCCAAGUGUUCGAUUGUGUCCGACGUUUGUCCACUUCCAGGUCUUCUGCUGUGGAGUUCCAUACCAUCUACAAGUAUUACUAUGAGGCCAAAGAUGAUGUGUGGGAGGAAUAUUGUCCGGACUUUGCGAAGUGCAUAGAAGAGGGACUGAUAGACAAUCGUGAAGAGGUGUUCUGUAAGAGCUGCAGGUACACCUACUCUCUUCGUCUGGUGAACAUGAUGCAAACAAACCUUGAUACUGGAACCAAGAGGAGGAUGAGGAAACGACCGGUAUUCAGAUCUUCUGCCUCACUGACAUCAAAGCUCUGGACACUCUCCAGUUGCGCCAAUACAACUACACCCUCCGUAUAUCAACUCCGUUCUCCAAACUCAGCCGCACAGUCUAACAAGCACACGACCGUUGGAAGUGUGUACCCCGAAUCCUGGCAGAUAACGGACACCUCACUCAUUUACGAGGAGAUCCCGCUGACAUGUGCGGACAGAGAAUACACGGCUGUGUGCAGUUACUUCCACAAGACGAUGCCGGAGCACCAAUAUAUCAUCCACCAGAUCUCCCGGGUACAGAACUACUUCCAGUGGGAGAAAUAUUUCAGGAAGAGAGAGUAUAUGUCUCGGAGUCCUGGCGGCACAGGGAAAAGCACUUUGGAGCGACAUCUUUUCCACGGCACAAAGGCAGUCAAUGUAGAGGCCAUCUGUAAGCAGAACUUUGACAACCGUGUGUUCCGUGUCACUGCGUAUGGUAAAGGCAGCUACUUCGCCAGGGACGCCUGCUAUUCUCAUCACUAUUCUCAUGCCAAUGCAGAUGGCUACCGCUUCAUGUUCCUCGCCAAGGUGCUACUGGGACGUCCUACUGUGGGCCAAUCUUCGUAUGUUCGUCCACCACCAAUAAGCGCCAAGGACCCCGCAAGUCUCCUCUAUGACUCUUGUGUGAACCAAUUCCAAAACCCAGACGUAUUUGUUGUGUUCGAUAAUGACCAGUUCUACCCUUACUUUCUCAUCCAAUAUCAAAGUAUGUGAAGGUCUUGGUUCUACUGGAUUAGGGACUCUUGUUCCUAUUGCUGUUCCAUUUUUGUACAUUUAUACAUUGCAGGAUACUUUCCUACAAUAACCAUAUCAGACAUGUAGCGUCCUGCAGCUGAAUGGCAUCUGUCACUAUCAUUCUGUCUCUUUCUCUUUAUCUGCAAUGGAUGAAGCUAUGUAUAUUGUGAGCAGUCCACAAGUGCCUAGGACAAAUAUUCCAAUACUGUUGUGCACCGUGUUUGCAAAUUAGCCUUUUGUAGAAUUUACCGUCCAUGCAUAGAGCUGAAAUGAUGGCGGUCAGUCACUCGGUUGUGUGGUGCGGUUGGGGUGGAUCAUGAAGCACAAAAAAACUAAUUUGGUGGAGAAAUUGGAGAAAUAUUGUAGAGACACAUGGAAUGAGAGGGUUAUUUCAUCUUGUUGGGCAUGGCUGGGAUCAUACAGACACAAUCCUGCAUUGUUGCACUUUGCUUUGAUAUCUAGGUUAAUUAAUUACAGCCAUUUAUCUUCAAGGUAACUGAGAGGGGGAGGCGGUGGGUACUACUAAUCUAGGCCUGGCCUUGCUGGAGUGGUCGCAGCAUAUGGCCCAUGUCAGUUGCUGAUCAGCACCGCUCAUAUUAUUUUUUCAAAAAAUUCCAGAGGGGGCAUGGCCACGCCCCCUUGUGUCAUCCUGGCGACAUACCUCUGCUCCCCCCUUCCCCCCACAUACACACACACAUAAUUAUAAUCAUUGAUUGUGAUACUUUAAAUAUUGUAGAGACACAUGGAAUGAGAGGGUUAUUUCAUCUUGUUGGGCAUGGCUGGGAUCAUACAGACACAAUCCUGCAUUGUUGCACUUUGCUUUGAUAUCUAGGUUAAUUAAUUACAGCCAUUUAUCUUCAAGGUAGCUGAGAGGGGGAGGCGGUGGGUACUACUAAUCUAGGCCUGGCCUUGCUGGAGAGGUCACAGCAUAUGGCCCAUGUCAGUUGCUGAUCAGCACCGCUCAUAUUAUUUUUUCAAAAAAUUCCAGAGGGGGCAUGGCCACGCCCCCUUGUGUCAUCCUGGCGACAUACCUCUGCUCCCCCCUUCCCCCCACAUACACACACACAUAAUUAUAAUCAUUGAUUGUGAUACUUUACAUUCUUUAUUCUCCAUGUGUUCUGUACAUCCGUGUGGUAUUGUAUUUAAGCUGUUUUCACUUUUCUAAUGCUGGUUGGCGCAUCUCCUGUGUGUUCUCUUUUGCUAUCUGUAACAAUCUUAUUGUGUGUUGUUGUUAUUC